AAGUUGGAAAUCGAUUCUAACUUUCCUUUCACGAGCUGUUUCUAUGAACUUGGACAUACAGAAACGGAGAAGGGGGAGGCCCACGUGUGAUUUAAAUGCUCCUGCCUGUGACGAUUCUCUCUGGCCGAGUUUCAAGCUCCAACGGUUUUCGAUUUUCACUCCAAAGGUCUAUUCUUUUGCCCAAAAUGAGGGGAUUUCUGCUUUCUCUGGUGUCUGUUGUGUUUUUGCUAUGUGGGAGUGUUAUAUGCAAGGAAUGUACAAAUAUGGGUAAUGAGUUGCCAUCACAUACUCUUCGCUAUGAACUCUUGAAAUCAAACAAUGAAUCAUGGAAGGAAGAGGUUUUCUCUCAAUAUCACUUGAUACAUACUGAUGACUCAUUUUGGGCUAAUUUGCUGCCAAGAAAAUUGCUAAGAGAAGAAGAUGAGUUCAGCUGGUCAAUGAUGUAUAGGAAAAUGAAGAAUCAGGGUGGGUUUAAGUUGGCUGGGAAUUUUCUUAAGGAGGUGUCAUUACAUGAUGUUCGGUUGGAUCCAACUUCUUUCCAUUGGCGGGCACAACAGACCAAUUUACAAUAUCUGUUGAUGCUGGAUGUAGAUGGACUAGUCUGGAGUUUCAGAAAGACAGCAGGAUUGCCAACCCCAGGAGAUGCCUAUGGAGGUUGGGAGGCACCAGAUGUGGAGCUCCGGGGUCAUUUUGUAGGGCAUUACUUGAGUGCAACAGCACAUAUGUGGGCGAGCACUCAUAAUGAGACACUCAAAGAGAAGAUGUCUGCGGUAGUGUCUGCUCUAUCUGCAUGUCAGGAAAAAAUAGGCACAGGAUAUCUGUCUGCAUUUCCAUCUGAACUAUUUGACCGUUUUGAAGCAUUAACACCUGUGUGGGCUCCAUACUACACCAUUCACAAGAUCUUGGCCGGCCUAUUGGAUCAAUACACAUUAGCUGAUAACAAUGAAGCUUUGAAUAUGACAACAUGGAUGGUUGAGUACUUCUAUGAUCGCGUCCAGAAUGUCAUAACGAAACACAGCCUGGAGAGACACUGGCAAUCACUUAAUGUAGAAACAGGUGGCAUGAAUGAUGUACUUUACAGGUUAUUUACUAUAACGGGAAAUUCAAAGCAUUUGUUGUUGGCUCACCUAUUUGACAAACCAUGCUUUCUGGGAGUACUUGCAGUUCAGGCUGAUGAUAUUUCUGGCUUCCAUGCCAAUACGCAUAUCCCUGUUGUUGUUGGAUCUCAAAUGCGAUAUGAAGUAACUGGUGAUCCACUUUACAAGAGUAUAGGGACAUUUUUCAUGCAAAUUGUUAAUUCUUCUUAUAGCUAUGCAACAGGAGGGACAUCGGUCGGUGAGUUCUGGUCAGACCCAAAGCGAUUAGCAAGCACUCUAGAUACAGAGAAUGAAGAAUCAUGCACAACUUACAACAUGCUGAAGGUCUCUCGCCACCUAUUUAGAUGGACCAAAGAAAUUGUAUAUGCAGAUUAUUAUGAACGUGCCCUGACAAAUGGUGUUCUUAGCAUCCAAAGGGGAACAGACCCUGGAGUAAUGAUCUACAUGCUCCCACUAGGUCAUGGCGUUUCUAAGGCUGUAAGCUACCAUGGGUGGGGAACAAAGUUUGACUCCUUUUGGUGCUGCUAUGGCACAGGAAUUGAAUCAUUCUCUAAGUUAGGAGAUUCCAUAUACUUUGAGGAGGAAGGAAGUGUUCCUGGUCUUUACAUCAGCCAAUAUAUAUCAAGCUCCCUUGACUGGAAAUCUGGACAGAUUCUAGUGACUCAGAAAGUUGAUCCUGUUGUUUCUUGGGAUCCUUUCCUUAGAAUUACAUUGACAUUUUCUUCAAAAGAGGAAACAGCUCAGCCAUCUACCUUGAAUUUGCGCAUGCCAACAUGGACAAAUUCAAAUGGCACCAAGGCAGAAUUAAAUGCUCAAAAUUUGCCCAUACCAGCUCCAGGUAAUUUCUUAUCCAUCACCAGAAAGUGGAGUGCCAGUGACAAAUUAACCCUUCAAUUGCCAAUUACUUUGAGAGCAGAGGCUAUUAAAGAUGAUCGUCCUGAAUAUGCUUCUAUUCAAGCAAUACUCUAUGGUCCUUACCUUCUUGCUGGUCACACCACUGGUGACUGGGACCUCGAAAGCGAAUAUUCAGACUGGAUAACUCCAAUCCCUGCUGCUUACAAUUCUCACCUGGCUACAUUCUCUCAAAAGUCUGGCAACUCAACUUUUGUUUUGAGUAACAAAAAUGGGUCAAUCACAAUGGAAAAAUUACCUAAAUCUGGCACUGUUGGUGCUGCCAUUGCUACAUUCAGGGUCAUCACUUCAAAAAAAUAUUCAACUAUUAGACAAUGCAUUGGAAACUCCGUCAUGCUUGAACCAUUUGAUCUUCCUGGGAUGCUUCUAGUGACUCAAGGGUCAGAUCUUGCAAUCACAGAUUCUUCCAGUGGGGAUGCGUCUUCUAGUUUCCUCUUAGUUCCUGGAUUGAAUGGAAACUCUGAUUCUGUGUCCCUGGAGUCAGUAAGCCAGAAGGGAUGCUUUGUAUAUAGUGGUGUGAACUACCAAUCUAGUGUGAACCUGAAGCUACGCUGCAAUGUGGAGUCAUCUGAUGCCAGGUUCAAUCAGGCUGCAAGCUUUGUAAUGAAGAAGGGAAGAAGCGAAUAUCACCCUAUUAGCUUUGUAGCAAAAGGGGCAAGGAGGAAUUUUCUUCUGGCACCAUUACCGAGCUUCAGAGACGAACCUUAUACUGCUUAUUUCAACAUCAACCAGCAUAAACAAUUUGAGUGAGUGUUGGAAAUCGUGGCCACGAGCUUGCCACCAAACAAUAAAACAUCAUCUGUCUGCUACUUCACUAGGUUGAAGUUGCAUAAUUAUUUUUUUUCCAAUAAAUGUGCUUUUCAUUUUCAAGUGUUUGAAGUCUAUAACGUUUUAAAUUGUAACUGAAUUUAUCCAUAUCCUAAAAAAUUUAAAUCGUACAC